AUGGAUGUCGAUGAAUGCAUCUCGGUAUAUAGCGAGCUUAUGAAAUCCGUUUUCCAAAAGAAAUGGAAUUGGUUCCCAAUUAGCUUGACGGGGAAAAGCAGGUCACGAUUCAAGUCUGAGAAACUCGAGAGUGCAAUCAAAAAGGCGAUUAUUAGGCAUAGCUCUAAGGAGACGGAGACCGAUAACACGGAAAAGAGAUUCAUAGCUAACUGGCGUCAGCACUUCGACAAAAAUCGUUACUUCCGCUUCAGUGUCGACCAAGGACUACAGCACAUUAAACUAACGAAAUAUCAAGAGCAGGGCGCUAUAGAGGCGGCAACAGAUGGUUAUCUCGAUCAUCAAACGCAGAGGUUCCGGAUGCGGGACUGCGUUCGAAAUUUGAAAUUGAAGCAAAAUGUUUCUGCAACGGACGUCUCGCGUAUCUUGCCUGUUAGAGAAGACCCGGACGGACAGAUUCGAGAAAAGUUGAGCGGAACAUGUGACUGGAUAUGGUCACACCCUAUAUUCUCAGAAUGGAGCAGUACCUCAACGUAUCCAGAAGCCGUAGACCGCCGUCUACUCUGUAUCUACGGCACCCACGGUUGUGGGAAAACUGUCCUAGCAUCAUCGAUUGUAGAGUCGUUGAGACACAAAGGAAACAAAGUGUUGUUUUUCUCUUUCUCUGGCUCAGAUACCAAUCUCCAAACCUUGGAUAACUUAGCCCGGACAUUGUUGUGGCAACUAUUACAAGAGCCAGUAUUAUCGGACGAGAGCUUCGAAAUCAUGCGAGACCUCAUGUCUCAUGGUCAACCCUUAACCUCUGAGUUAUGGGCUACCUUUAAAGACAUCGCAAUAUCUAUGCCAGGGCUCAUAUACUGGGUAAUUGACGGAGUCGACAAAUGCAAGGAAUCCGGUGAAAAUCUCUUUAAUCAGGUCAUUGACCUGCUCACUGCCAGCAAGGAUGCUCACGCUGUCCUCUUGGGGAGAACGCAUAUCCUCCAACCAAUUAGUCAAUCAAAUCACGUAAUCGAGAUUACUCCCAGCUUAAUCAAGGCUAACAUCAACGCAUUCAUCAAUACUAAGAUAGCAAAGUCCAUCAUUCUUCAAUCUUCUGAAGUUCGCGACCUCGCACUCAAGACCCUCCGCGACGGCUCUCAAGGCAUGUUCCUUUGGGUGAAACUGAUGGUUCGAGACCUUUGCAAGUCUUUCUCUAGAAUAGAAGUCAUUGAAAGAUUGCACAAUCUGCCGCAUGGCCUUGAAAAGACUUACCGGCACUUGUUUUUACAACUCGUGGAAGAACUAGAUAAUAUCGAUCUCAGAUUUACUCGACGCCUUCUAGCAUUCGUUAUAGCAGCCCGUCGACCGUUGAAGGUCAGGGAACUGCAGACAGCUGAAAAGAUUCUCCGUAUCUGCGGAAUUUUCAUACAGAUAACCGAUGGAGUGGUUUCGCUGGUUCAUAUAUCCGUCAAAGAACUUUUGACUAGACCAAAGAGCGAAUGGUCAUGUGAUGGUCAUCACAAAAUCGUCGGUCUACGGAUUGAUCCAGAGGAAUCGCACUAUUUGUUUGUCUUGUCCUGCAUCGACUACCUAGAAGCUGGUAACUACGGUUUCCCACUCCGGGAUCAGGAUGAAUCGUCGAUGCCCUACGAUGUUCAUCCAUUCCUAGAAGCCGGAAACUUUUCUUUUGAUAUCGUUAACAAGUUUCACCAAUAUCUCGGAUCCGAGGCAAGCCUACCUUGGGUUGAAUACUUCGCGAUGCACUUAGUAGAAGAUGGGUAUUCUGGUGUUGAGGCUAAAGAGUUCACCACCUGGCUCGAAAAUGGGACCGAGGAAAAGUUCUUAGGACGUUUUAAUACUAAGUUACGCCGACAGCUUGAGAAAAAAGAGCAGAGCUUUGGCGAAAGUGACCGGCGGACAGACCACUACAAGAUGGUCCUAGAAAUGAUUAAGGAUGUUAGCUAUGAUAAAUCUACUAGCAGCGUAUCCGACUAUCAUACCUCCACACCCGACUUCGCCAUACAUAAAGGACCAAAUGAUAUUGACCAAGCGGUUCCCGUGCUAAUGGAAAUAUUCAGCCAUAACAGAGUGUUGACGGCACCGAAGCAACUCGAUUUGUUCCUAAGAUUACAACACUAUAUCCAGCGAGCGAAGACUUUGACAGAUCCUCUCGAACUUCUAUUCCGUCUCAUUUUACGAAAUGCCGGGAACGUCCCAGUUUACGCAUUAAUGAUGAUUGGCAAGUUCUACAAAGAAGUGGAUCAACCUGAGAAAGCCUUACAGGUUUAUCACAGCGCAAUAACGAAAUUUGGAAACCGCUAG